UGCAGUGUCAAAUGCUCAUAUCGAUUGUGUUCAUCGCGCGUCUGCAACUUGCUGGUAGCAUCUCAGUAGUGCGACUAAUUAAAUUUAAUACAAAGUCAACAAGAUAAAUUAGUGCAACACAUUCCAGUGCGCAACACAUAUUGAGAGGAAGCCUGCACAAUAAAGUAAAUGAGCCAAAUUUAAAUUUUGUGACACCACAAAAACCAAUACAAACACAGCCACGCAGCUUUGCGUGAGUGUGUGUCUGUGUGCGAGUGUGUGUGUGUGUGUACAUGUGUAUAUGACAUACAUAUGUGAAGUUUAUAACGAAGCGUAGUUUUGUGGAGGCGCAUUUUACGUGCAGGGCAUACAAAAAGUUCGUAGGCGUUGAAGCUUCGUCAGCAACGGGAGCACAUUAGCAGUAGCAACGGCGGCAGCAGCAACAUAAAAUCGAUUCCCAGUGCAUGCAUUGUGUACAUAUGUGUGUGUGCGUGCGUGCGUGUUUGUUGCAAAUGUAAGAAGCAGAGCCUCACGCGCUUAUUUUCUCCCUUGCUGUGGUUAAGAUAACAAAAAGAAGAAAAAAAAUUCCAUUAAAAAUCUUGGCAAAAAUCUCGCGUACAAUCUGUGAACGUGACCAGUUGCUGCAGCUGAGAGAGAGGGAAAAAUACAAAUUGACAGAUUUUUACCUUGUGGCAUGUUUUGAGCCAACAUAAACCAGUGAUUGCCGAUUGCCGGACGCAAUUGCGACUGCGACGUGGCAGCGCUAGUGGAGACAGCGCCGAAAUCUUAGCGUAAAGCAAUUAGAAGUCGGCAAAAGUUUGAGUAUUUUUGUGGCCUGCCGCUAAAGCGGACUGGCACGCGUCUAUAUCCAAAUGCAUAGACAACAACAACAACAUCACCAAACAGAACAACAUAUGUUGGAUACACGAUCAGAGCAAGCGCUGCACUCCAAUUACAGUUAUCAGUUACGACCACGACCGUUUGUAGCCUACUACAUACGCUCGUAAAAAGUACAAUCCAACAUACUACCCACCUAGGCGGCAAAAACCAGCCCCCUACUGCUACUCGAAACAAUUUGGAGUAGCAAAAGUACAUAAAAGAAAGCCACAAGCGACAGUAGUAGCAACAGUAUAUCCAUCAGUACUCAAAAUUCCUAUCAAGCAUGAUGAAACGCACGCGCAUCGAUGAAGUCCAAUUUGGCACACGUUCCGGCCCAGGACCGGGCGGUGGCGGUGGUGGUGCCAACAGUGGUACCACUAGCGUUGGUGUUAAUACAGCCGGUGGAGUUACCAUUGGCACUGUAGUGCCAAAUGCACACAGCGGCAUUGGUUCCAUACAUCAUCGCAUAUUGACGCCGCAGCAUGGCGGUGCACAGACCAUUGCCUAUCUGCCGUCCACAACGCCAACGGCAACGAAUCUUAAAACAACGAGCAGCAUUGUCGAUAGCGCCAGCACCCAAACAAACGUUACUGGCGUUGGUGGUCCAGGUGGAGGCGUUGUCGUCUCCACAGGCAGUGCAGGCACGCAAACCUUGCAGUAUACUACAUCUUAUAGCGUUGCCUCCAUCCAAGCUGGCGGUACUAUGAAGGCCAGUACGGCGGAUGGGAACGCGGUGCAAAUUCAUGUAACGGGCGGUGGUGCUGCAGUUGCCGCAGCAGCUGGCGGAACAGUUGGUGGCGGUUCUCAGACAGUGUCGAGCAGCUGUCAAACAGGCAGCAUACGCCAGCGCACCAUAAGCGGUACCCAGACAAAUGCCACCAGCAGCUUGACAACUACAGCACAGCAGACGCAACCAUCUGCACAAUUGUCAACGCCGCCCAAUGGACCAGGUGUUGCAGUUGGAGCAGGAGCUGUAUCUGUAGGUGCUGGCAAUAGCACGCCACCGCAAGGACAGGCAGCAGCCGUUGGUGGCGGAGCCAGCGCUGCACCGCGACUUAAGGUCGAGGAUGCGUUAAGCUAUCUGGAUCAGGUUAAAUACCAAUAUGCCGAUCAGCCGCAGAUCUACAACAAUUUCCUGGACAUCAUGAAGGAGUUCAAGUCGCAUUGCAUCGAUACACCGGGUGUCAUUGAGCGUGUCUCAACGCUCUUCAAGGGCCACACUGAACUCAUCUACGGCUUCAAUAUGUUCUUGCCGCCCGGUUAUAAAAUUGAAAUCCAUUCCGAUGCGCUUGGCUGCUCUGUUCCGGUUGUUUCGAUGCCAUCACCAUCUGGAGCACCCAGCAGCACGGGCACAGUUCAUAUGAUUGCCGCAGCGGGCAACAGUCCAUUGGCUAGCAACGUGAAUGCGCACACAACACUAAAGCCGAUAACGCAAACCCAGGGUCCAGGUGGUCCUGGUGCAGGUGGUGGUGCAGCUGCAGCAGCUGCUGCGGCUGUGGCGCAGAUACAGACGGCUGGCGCCGUCAAUUUAAUGACCCACGGUGGCGCCUCACUCACCCAGACCACGAUACACGCCUUGCAGCCAGCUGCAGCUGCGGCUCAAUCACCGGGUGGCCAUGUACAUGUGACCAGCAGCUCAGUAGUACCACCAAGCGGAGUUGGUGUUAAUGUGGGCGUCGGUGUAUCGCCGUAUGUGCCACAGAAUUAUUCACGGGAUCGAGCAGAGCAACGUGCAACGAUAACGCCAACUGGUCCUGGUCAGGUGGCUGCCACCGUUUCUUCGACGGCUGGCUCCAGCAUUGCAGUUGGCCCACCGACUCCCAAUUCAUUGAGUGAGCUAAGUCCACACGCAGGACCCGCUGCACAGCAUAACUUGCAUCACAUCCAGCAGGCACAUCAGUCCAUUUUGCUCGGCGAGACGACGGGCCAGCAGAAUCAGCCAGUGGAGUUUAAUCACGCCAUAACUUAUGUGAAUAAGAUUAAGAACCGAUUCCAAAGCCAGCCGGCCAAGUAUAAGAAAUUCCUGGAAAUACUUCAUGCCUACCAAAAGGAGCAGAAGGUGAUGAAGGAGGGCAGCAGCGGCAGCGGUUUGAAUCAAGGCAAAAUGCUUACUGAGCAGGAGGUUUAUACGCAGGUGGCUAAACUCUUUGGCCAGGAUGAGGAUCUGUUGCGUGAAUUUGGACAAUUUUUGCCGGAUGCUACAAAUCAUCAGUCGUCCGCUGCCGCUGCCGCCGCUGCACAAUAUAUGUCCAAAUCGGCGUUGCACAACGAUCAUCACAACAAGCAGCAACAGCAGCGCACCACAACAACGGCCACAUUGAGCGGUGGUGCACACAUCAGCAUGUCCACGGCUUCGCCAUCGGCUGUGCCCAACAGUGGCUCCCCCAUGCAUUUGAGUAGCGGUGCGACGCUCUCGCAGAUCGACAGCAGCAGCGCACAUGCUCAUGCUGCAGCCAUUGGCAACCUGUCGGCUGUAAAUACUAGCGUCAGUAUCAAGUCCUGUGCCGUGCCACAGAAUCAUAUUAUUAGCGGCAGCAUUUUUGAGAAGGACUAUCAUGGACUGGGACAACAGCAGCUGCAGCAGCAACAGCAACAGCAGCAACAACAGCAGCAGCAGCAACGGCAUCCGGGCCUGGCACCACCUCAUAUACUCUCUAACACACCGCCCAGUGGCCUGAGAGGCAGUGCUGUUGGUGUUGGAGCUGUGCUGGAUCAGCGUAACAAUCAUCAUGCGCAAAAGUAUGUGGCCCAGCAUUCGAACAUGUCGCAGAAGAAAUCGCCCAGCUAUGGCGGCAUAUCCAACAUUCAACAUCUGCCACAUCUAAAUGACAAUUCGCUCGAUCGCAACUCGCCAAACAUUGCCAGCUAUGUGACGCCCACGCAACAGCUGCCUGCACAUCCACAUCCGCACCAUAAUGCGCACAAUUCAAGCAGCAGCAGUAGCCGGCGACAAGCUGUGGACGAGCUUGCGGCCUCCGUUUCCAGUGGCUUUGGCACUACCGGUGGCAAUGGACCACCGCCGGCGAAACGUCCAAAACCUUAUUGUCGUGAUGUCAGCUUUUCGGAGGCAUCACGUAAGUGUACCAUCGCAGAUGUGGCCUUCUUUGAUAAGGUGCGUAAGGCGCUACGCAGCCCGCAGGUGUACGACAAUUUCCUGCGCUGUCUGACGCUGUUCAAUCAGGAGAUUGUCUCGAAGACGGAACUGCUGGGCCUUGUCUCGCCGUUCCUCAUGAAAUUUCCGGAUCUGUUGCGUGGAUUUACAGACUUUCUCGGCCCGCCCACGUCCGGCCAGGUGGGUGGUGCAGCGGGCGCAGGCGGACUCAUCGAUGGUCUGCCAUUAGCUGCUACCCAGCGACAGGGCAGCAACAGCAGUUCGCAUGAUCGGGCGAGCAGUCAUCAAAGCACCGAUUAUGUCCAGGAUGUGGACUUGUCCCUGUGUAAGCGAUUGGGCGCUUCGUAUUGCGCCCUACCUCAAUCCACAGUGCCGAAGAAGUGCAGUGGUCGCACCGCCUUGUGUCGUGAAGUGCUCAAUGAUAAGUGGGUUUCGUUUCCAACAUGGGCCAGUGAGGAUUCGACAUUUGUCACCUCACGCAAAACCCAGUUUGAGGAGACAAUCUACAGGAAUAUUCACAGAACGGAGGACGAGCGUUUCGAACUGGAUCUGGUGAUUGAGGUGAACAGUACCACCAUUCGUGUCCUGGAGAAUGUACAAAAGAAAAUGUCUCGCAUGUCACCUGAAGAGUUGGCCAAAUAUCAUUUAGAUGAUCAUCUCGGUGGCACGUCACAAACCAUCCACCAACGGGCCAUACAUCGCAUUUAUGGCGAUAAGUCUGGCGAAAUAAUCCAAGGCAUGAAAAAGAAUCCCUCAGUGGCUGUGCCUAUUGUCCUGAAGCGACUGAAGGUCAAGGAAGAGGAGUGGCGGGAUGCACAAAAGAACUUCAAUAAGCAAUGGCGGGAACAGAACGAGAAAUAUUAUUUGAAAUCUCUGGAUCAUCAGGCAAUCAAUUUCAAGCCAAAUGAUAUGAAGGCAUUGCGCUCGAAGAGUCUCUUCAACGAGAUUGAGACGCUAUACGAUGAGCGUCAUGAUGCGGAGGAUGAUGCCAUGGAAGCGGCGGGGCCGCAUCUGGUGCUGCCUUACAAGGACAAGACCAUACUGGACGAUGCGGCCAAUCUGCUGAUACAUCAUGUCAAACGUCAGACGGGCAUCCAGAAGCAGGAGAAACAGAAAAUCAAACAGAUCAUACGACAAUUUGUGCCUGACCUAUUCUUUGCGCCAAGACAACCGCUGAGCGACGAUGAACGCGAUGACGCAUUUCCAUUUUUGGUAGAUGACACUAAAAUGGAAGUCGACUCACCGCUGAGUCGUGUUGCUCCCAAAGCCGGAGGAACGGGCGGAGGCGGGGAGAGCGCCUCACCAGCACGCAGCAAUGUGAGUAGUAGCAGCAGCAGCGUUCCCGGUGGAGCCAGUGGAUCAGCAACAGCAGCGACAGUAACAGCUGUGACUGCCAUUAAAAAGGAGUCAGAGUCAGAGUCGUCAAGCAAAACGUUGGCAGCAACAACAACAGCAGAUGAUGCAACGCCGUCAACUUCAUCAGCAGCUGCGGCGGCUGCAGCAGUUGGCGAUGUUAAGGAAAAGUCUGAAACAGAUGCGCCACAAAGAGCUGUAAUAGGAAGAGACGAGGAAAUGGCAGCAAAGACAACAAAUAACAACAACAAUAACAGUGCAGUGGCAGCCAGUCCCAGGCGGAGCGAAGAUGCAGCUGCAACAACAGCUGCAGCGGGUGUCGAUGUCAGUGUUAAGCUGGAGCAGGGCGAGUGUGCGAAUCCCUCGUUGCUGCCAGCACAUGCGCAGGGCCAGCGAGAGGAUGAAUCCUAUUCGCUGUUCUUUGCCAACAACAAUUGGUACCUGUUCCUGCGACUGCAUGCCAUUCUCUGUGAUCGACUGCAUGUCAUGUACGAGCGUGCGCGCCUGCUGGCCAUUGAGGAAGAACGCUGUCGUGUGAAUCGGCGCGAAAGCACGGCGACAGCAUUACGUUUAAAACCCAAGCCGGAUGUACAAGUGGAGGACUAUUAUCCCACGUUUCUUGAUAUGCUGAAGAAUGUGCUCGAUGGCAACAUGGACUCAAAUACCUUCGAAGACACCAUGCGUGAAAUGUUUGGCAUCUAUGCCUACAUAUCCUUUACGCUCGAUAAGGUUGUUUCUAAUGCUGUCCGUCAGCUGCAAUACUGCGUCACGGAGCGCGCCGCAUUGGAUUGUGUUGAGCUCUAUGCCAGCGAGCAACGACGCAACAGCACUGGUGGCUACUGUCGCGAUGCACACAAGAGCUACGAGCGAGAGAUGAGCUAUCAGCGUAAAGCGGAGAGCAUACUUAACGAGGAGAACUGCUUCAAAGUGUAUAUUUACAAAAUCGAUUGUCGUGUGACCAUUGAGCUGCUCGACUCGGAGCCGGAGGAGGUGGAAAAGCCAGCCGCCCUAAAGGCGCAAAAGUUUAGCAAAUAUGUGGAACGUUUAUCAAAUCCCGCCUUAGGCGCCGGCAGCGGCAACAACAAUAACAACAUCAGCAGCAACAACAACAAUAACAGCAGCAAUCAAGCUGCAGGCAAUGACAAUCUGGUGGAAACGUCCGGCAUCAAAACGGAGGAGGCAGAUGAGAUUGCCGAGCUGGUUCGUGGUUCACGCAAAGCACGCUUUCUGCUGCGGAACAAGCGUCGCUCGCAGCUGCACGAGGAGCAAGUGCGUCAGCUCUUUGAACAAAAGCGCAGUUGCAGCGGAGUCGAAUCGAAAGCUGCACCCAAUGAAGCGACGCCCAAUGCCAACAACAAUAACAAUAAUAAUAACAACAACAAUAACAACAGUUGGAGCAAACAGCGUGCACCUGAACGCUUGGGCGCCUCACAGGUGGGUCUGGCGGAGCAAUACGCAUUCAAUGAUCGCGACGAGAUCAGCACAAAUACGAGUAAUGGCCGCUGCUUCGUGACCAGCAAGAAUCUCAAUUUACUCAAAUACGAUGCAGUGCGUCGUGCCAAGAAGAGUCAUUGCCGCGUCACACAGGCCAAGUACACGCGUUUUCAGAGCUAUGUCAAUAGAUGGCUGCAGCAACAUGUCAGCGAGCAACUGCAGCAGCAUUGCAGCGACUGGCUGCUGGGCAAGACGCCGGAACAAAUCAAUGCCAGCGGCUGGGGUGCCACCAGCAAAACGAAGUCGCUGCAGCAAAAGGAUACGACGAAGACGCCUUAUCGCAUCUAUACGCGUUAUAAGGUGUUGCAGCCCAGCAAUAGCAGCGCGAUAACAACUGCUGCUGCAGGGCAGGCACAAGCGGCGGCAACAGUUGCAGCCACAGCUCAAGCCGCAACGGCAACAGUUUCUGCUGCUGUCACAGUUACUGCAGCCGUCAAUAAUGCCAACAUCAGCAGCAGUAGCAACAUUUUGAAUGUCGACACAACAGCAACAGCAACACCCGCAGCUGCAGCAACAACAACAAACGCGCCAUCGCAGCAACAUUGCAACAGCGCCGCAGCAGCAGUUGCCGCUGCCACUGCCGGCAAUGCAGAGACUACACUGCAACAAGUGCGACCAAUGGAAAGCUAACCUCCAGUUGCAGUUACAGCGCCAGUUGUCAUCGCCAGCUGGCCAAAUGCAGCCUAUAUGUGAACUCGCUGCACCACAAGCAAGCUUCACUGUAUGCAAGUGUUUUUAUAAACUAAACUGUGAUAACAGUUGCAGACGAUGGCUUGGCUGAGAAGAGAAAUCGACAGAAACUGAAUUGGAUAAAAAAACCACAAAAACAAAUCCGCAGACAAAGCUAUUUUUCACUUUGUACAAAAAGUCAUUUAAAUUCUAGGCGUAGUAUUGCUCCUAAUAAUAAUAAUAAUAAUAAUCAUAAUUAAAUAUACAUUAAUAAGCUUACUACAACAUCUUGGUAGCGUUUACUGUUAGUUUUACAAUAAUUAUAAUGGCAGCGUUUGUAGUUGAUAAGCAAUUUAAACACACUCACAUACGCCCGCCCACCCGUAUACCCUGUAAAUUGUUGCGGUCGUUCUCUAAGCAUGUUAAAAAUAAACCUUAACCUCUACCCUUUUUAACUGAAAACGAUUGUGGGGAAAAGUAAAGUUUGUUCGUGCUAAUUAAGUUGAUAUCAACGUCUGUUUUAGCUAGUAAGCAAUUUUAUGAAAACAAACAUAACUUUUAAUUUUACACAAAAAUUUCAUGUAUUUUUAUACAAAACAAACCUUGUACAAUUCCUUGUGAAUACUAUUGAUUAUACACCUAACUUUUAAGCAUA